GUGCUUCCGGGUGCAGCCGCCGUGCAUUCUUUCCUUGCGCCUCAAGCCGGCAAAAGACUGCUCGCCAAGAAGACCUCCACCAGACCGCCAAUCAGCACCAGCGAAACGUUGCGAACCUGAGUUAUCUUGCAUAAUCAGGGCGGGCUGCUAGCCCGCGGCCGCUGGACUCAAGCGCGCCAACUCCAGCCAACCCCCUCAAACUCCACCUUGACCAGGAUUAAUUGAAAAGUCUGACUUUUGCUUUAUUGCGGGCAAUUGAUCUUGGAGCUUGCGGCGCCGGGGUCAAACUCGAACUCAUGCAGUGCUGCGCAAGCAAGAAGCGGACGCUGGCGGAGGACUCGGAGCUGUAUCCGACGGGAGCAACUAGCUUCCUGGAAGUCGAGGAUGGUCAGCGGCAGCACCUCCGGGCGAAACGGCUCCGGGCUGUUCGCCCUCCAUCUCCGACAAGCCACUUCGACGCCAGCCUCGCGCACGCAGCCUCCUCGGACGAGGCGGACUUUACUACCCCUGACGAGGCAGACCUCAGCGUGCUGGGCUGCCUGGCGCCGCCCGCCGAGCCGGAGAGCCACCGCUUUCUACUGCAGCUGGCGAGGGUGUGGCAGGACUUCGCGGCGCAGGCGCAGCGCUUCGGCGCGCCCAGCAACACGCCCGUCAUAAUCUGCCCCGCCGCCUGCGUGGGCACGCCUUUUUGGCUCGCCUUCGCGGAGCUCAACGCACUCUUCGCUCGACACUUCAGCGAGCUGCCUACCUCCAUGCUGCGCGGCUACCACAGCUUCACGCGGGCGCCGCGGGCGCAGCUGUGGGCGCGCUUCGCAGCGUCGCAGGGCGCGCCGCCGGGCACCGAGGCCACGUUCUGCCUGGCGGGCGGGCGGCCGCACGCCGUCAUGACGCGCUUCCUGCUGGAGCACGUGCUCGGGCCCGCCGCCGCCGGGCCGGCUGCAGCCGCCGCCGCAGCUGCAGCCGCUGCAGCCGCAGGCGGCGGCGCCAGCGCCGGCGCCGGCGGCUUCCCCACCGCCAGCCUGGUGACCUACACGCUGGAGGUGCCGGACUGGCUGCGCUGCUGGUGCGCGCGCUGGGGGCAGCCGCCCGCGGCGCCGCUGCGCGUGCUGGCGCUGUUUGCGUUCGAGGCGGACGGCGCGCGCUCGCCGCGUGUGCUGUACGUGCCCGUGGUGGCUGAAUGAGGCGGCGCGGCAAGGUGGGCAUGGAAAUUUGGUCAAGGGUUGUGGUGGUUCGGGUGCGCGUCGCGUACGCGUUCCUCGCGGCCUGCCGGCCAAGAUGAGUGCAACGGCGCAGGAGGGACCGAGAAAGACAGUCUGAAAGGCGUCGGGGUAAGGGGGCGGCAGGGGCAGGCGAGGAGGGCGGACGCUGUUCAAGAACCUGCGUAUGCCACAUUGCCACUGUUACGAAGGGGAGGGCCGUUCGCCCCUUCCUCAUUUGGCGCACGGAUUUCUUGUAUUACUGCAAUAAUGGAGCGUAGGACAAACUGGCCCCAACGAAAGCAUGACGCUUGCAUGUGGAGUACACGGUGCGCCAGCUCGGGACGUUGAUGUCGAUGUGGUACCAACUUGUUACGUGGAGCAUUCUGACAAUGGGCGGCCUCGAGCCCCAGCAUAUGCAUGCAGCGCCGUUAUGCGUGGAUGGGUGGCUUCAGGAAGGAAUCAUGCUGACCGGUUCGAGUGCUGUUGUGGCGGUACGGCAUUUUUACGGGGGCCGUGUACGCGCUGAUCCUGUAUGACGAUUUGGAAGACUCCUCCUGAUUCAUAGGAAACGUUUUUUGGACAUGAAGCACCGUCCCGUGUCUGUUACGGGCAAAAGCGCGUGACUCACUGGGCCUGCCUUGCACGCACCCCUCGCGCAGUGUGGUGCUCUAUGGGCUAUGGCCCUUGAAGGUUAGGGUGCGGUGGGCAUGAACGCUGCCCCACCCGCACCCUUGCCAAGCUAUCAGCUCGGCUUUCUCACACGGCCUUCUCACACAUGCGUUUGAAACCUCAAAUACACAAGAAUUGCAAGUUCAUUUGACGUACGGUGGCGGUCGGGAGGGGUGCUUUGGGAACGGGGCCGCCACCGGGAGCCCGGGACGCGGCUGCCUGCCCACAAGCUGCGCCCAAGCGUAUAUGACUCGUCGCUUGUGAAUGAUAAUCACGCGUGCUUUCUUUGUGUGCACACACAUUGAGUGGGUAUCACAGAUGGCGUGCAAGGCGUUGGAUUGGACCGUGUAUGUUACCUUGUUUGCCCCGAGUGUGAAGAACAAGGCAAGGAAAGCACCGACACAUGCACAUGGUGCCACUUCCUUAUUUUGACCCUUACCCACGCGGGCUGCGGUCCGAUUACAUGUAGUAUGGCUGCGAGAAUAUGUGGGACGCGCGCACAAGUGUGUCGGCUCGCUGGUGCACAAGCCCGCAGCGCAACCUUUUUACUUGCACCGGGCAGGUGAGUGUGGUUUGCAGGUAGCUGACCUUAAAGGCACAUACCUGCGUACGAUGAGGAGGGCGUGGUGGUACAUGCUAACUUUCUUGAUGACGCACUGUGCGGCAGGGCAAGGGGCAAUGCAGGCCUGGCCGGGUGCCGAUUGAGUGACGGGGCUCGCAUAUACCGUAGUUGGCAGACUGUGUGGAUUCGUGGCAUGCGGGUGAGACGGCAUGUGGGUGGACAUGACCGCAUGCCAAACGGGUCCGCCGUAGUGCCCCGCCAUCGGAUGGCAGGCACGGUGAUUGGCGGCGGGCCCUGGUAAUGUUGGACCAAGGCGGUGCAAACCGUUGAGUUGGUGCAGAAAGAUUACGCGUGCGUCAUGAACGUUAUGGUUUUAGAGGGUGUGGAUUGGUCCCUGAAUGCACAGGCGCUGUCGUGGUGCAAGCUCCGUUGGCAAGCAACGAGGUUGGGCGGGUGCACAACAGCCACAGCCAAGGCAAGAGUGUAAUGGUAAAACGUU